AUGGCCGAUCAUUUGAAGUUAUAUCUCUUCGGAGACCAGACCUACGAUCUUCAAGCACACCUGAGAGAUCUGCUUCAGAAGAGACACAACCCUGUCCUGGAUCAUUUUCUCGUCAAAUCCUACGAUGCUGUACGUGCCGAGAUUUACAAGCUUCCACCCGCUCUCAGGGAGACUUAUCCACGGUUUACAUGUGUCGAUGACUUGAUUAUGUGGAACCAACGUGGGAAGAGACUUGUCCCUCUCGACAUGGCUGUUACUUCCAUCUAUCAGCUUGGGACGUUCAUUAGCCAAUCAGACCCCGGUGACUUCUUCGCGGGCAAGGCUCUUGCGCUUGGUCUUUGCACCGGAUCUCUAGCAGCAGCGGCCGUAGCAUGCAGCCACAGCGUUGUAGAUCUCGUCCCAUUGGCAAUCAAUGCUGUUGUUGUGGCUUUCAAGACAGGUGUGCUUGUCAAUGAAGUUGCCCACCGUGUGGCUUCCUCGGAAGAGUCAGACCAGAGCUGGUCAGUUGUGAUCCCUGGGUCUAAGAGCCCCGAAGCCAUUCAUGAAUUCUGUGCGCAAACCGCUCUGCCACUGACGAGCAAGCCUUAUAUCAGCGCCUAUUCUCCCAACGGUAUCACUGUUAGUGGGCCGCCCAAGUCGCUCGUGCACCUCAAAGAAUCAACCCAGGGCAAAGACCUGAUAUACAAAGAGAUCCCCAUUUAUGCGCCGUACCAUGCGCCUCAUUUGUAUUCUAUGUUUGAUGUCACCCAAAUUAUUGGUGACUUUGCUUCUGAUGGGGUGUCUCAGUGCUCAGAACAAGUUCCUCUCUUUUCAAGCACUGGAACUAAAGCCAGCGAACGCAAAUUUGGCUCGCUCCUAGAGUCUGCUGUGAAGCAGAUCUUGCUGCAAACCAUUAGCUGGAAUGAUGUGCUUGGGGAUCUUCAGUCUUGUCUUCAGAGCGCAGCCCCACAUUCAUUUACUGUUGUUCCUAUUGGAAGUACAGCGCAUCAGCUGAUAUACACUGCACUGAAGCAGACAUCGUUAAGGACCUUGGUACCAUCUGCCCAGGCUCAGAAUGCACCGGCUUCUGCUACUACAGACUUCAAUGCCCCCCAAGACAAGUCUAAGCUGGCCAUCAUUGCCAUGUCAGGGCGCUUCCCCGGUGCUAAAGACAACGAGGCAUUCUGGGACGUUCUCUACCAGGGCCUAGACAUGCACAAGCCCGUCCCGGCUUCUCACUGGGAUAUCAACACUCACGUUGACCCCACUGGAAAGACGAAGAAUACUAGCGCAGCUCCAUUUGGCUGCUGGCUUGAUGACCCGGCUGGAUUUGACGCGCGUUUCUUCAACAUUUCUCCACGCGAGGCGCCUCAGAUUGAUCCUGCCCAGCGACUGGCCCUUAUGACCGCGUACGAAGCAAUCGAACAAGCUGGACUUGUUCCGGAUGCUACUCCAUCGACCCGACGUGAUCGUGUUGGUGUGUUCUACGGCGUUACCAGCAAUGACUGGAUGGAAACAAACAGUGCCCAAGAUAUUGACACAUACUUUAUUCCCGGUGGAAACCGAGCAUUUAUCCCCGGCCGGAUCAAUUACUGUUUUAAAUUCAGUGGCCCGAGCUAUGCAGUGGACACUGCCUGCUCAUCCAGCUUGGCUGGUAUUCACCUGGCGUGUAACUCACUUUGGAGAGGAGACAUCGAUACUGCCAUCGCCGGUGGAACCAAUGUUCUGACCAACCCAGAUUUCACUACUGGUCUUGACCGCGGUCACUUCCUUUCGCGAACUGGAAACUGCAAGACAUUUGACGAUGGCGCCGAUGGUUACUGCCGUGGCGAGGGUAUUGGAACAGUCAUAAUCAAGCGGCUUGACGAUGCUAUCGCCGACAACGACCCUAUUCUCGGUGUCAUUCUCGGUGCUUACACAAACCACUCCGCCGAGUCGGAGUCUAUCACCCGGCCUCACUCUGGAGCCCAGCGCGAAAUCUUUAAGAAGAUUCUGAAUCAAGCUGCCGUGGAUCCAUAUAGCGUUACCUAUGUGGAAAUGCAUGGAACAGGUACUCAAGCGGGUGAUGCCGGCGAAAUGACCAGUGUGCUAGACACUUUUGCCCCAACGCUCUCGACGGUUCCCAAGGGACGAACAGUUGAGCAACCUCUCUACUUGGGCUCAGCUAAGGCAAACAUUGGGCAUGGCGAGGCCGCCUCUGGUGUGUCGGCGCUGAUCAAGGUGCUUCUGAUGAUGCAGAAGAAUAUGAUUGUCCCACACUGUGGAAUCAAGACCAAGAUCAAUUCCAAGUUCCCGACUGAUCUCAAAGAGCGCAAUGUCAAUAUCGCCCUAGAGCCAACGGUAUGGGAGAAAAGUACCGAUCCUUCCAAGCCUCGCCGCGUCUUCGUGAACAACUUCAGCGCGGCUGGCGGCAACUCCGCACUUUUGAUUGAAGAUGCCCCAGUCAAAAACUCGCUGCCUCUUGCCACUGUUGAUCCCAAAACUCUGCAUCUCAUCGCGGUUUCGGCUAAAGCUGGAAAUUCCCUCCAGGGCAACCUGCGCUCUCUCCUUGCUUACUUGAAGCAAAACCCUGCAGUCUCUUUGGGUGAGCUCUCAUAUACCACGACGGCCCGUCGGAUGCAUCAUAAACACCGUGUCGUGUUUGCUAGCUCAAAUAUGACCAAUAUCUGCACCCAGAUUGAGACUGCACUGCGGGAUAACCUGGGGAUGACCCGACCGAAGAGUGUCCCGAAAGUGGUGUUCACCUUCACUGGCCAGGGCGCCCAGUACCCGGGAAUGGGCAAGGACUUGUGUGAAAUGUUCUCUCUCUUCCGCACUGAGAUCGCCCGACUUGAUCAGAUCGCGCAGAGCCUAGGAUUCCCGUCUUUCCUUCCUGUCAUUCAGUCCGAUGAGUCAGACAUUGGCAUCUUUGACCCGACUGCUGUCCAGCUUGCUAGCGUCUGCAUGCAGAUCGCGCUCAGCAAGCUGUGGGCCUCGUGGAACAUUUUCCCCACUGCUGUUGUCGGCCACAGUCUCGGCGAAUAUGCCGCUCUAAAUGUCGCAGGCGUGCUCUUGGAUGCAGACACCAUCUACCUCGUUGGAAAGCGGGCCGAGAUGCUCCAGGAGAAGUGCACGCGUGAUACUCAUGCCAUGCUUGUCGUCCGAGGCUCGGUAGAACAGAUUGCUGGAGUUCUCAAAGAUCAGGACUACGAGAUAGCCUGCAUUAACUCCCCUGUUGAGACUGUCCUUGCCGGAACAAAGGAGAAGGUCACUACCUUCAAGGAAAUUCUUACCGACGCUGGCAUGAAGUCCACCCUCCUAAAGGUCCCCUACGCCUUCCACUCUUCCCAAAUCGACCCCAUUAUGGCUGACUUCGCGAAAGUCGCCAAGGGCGUCACAUUUUUCAAGUCUAAGAUCCCAGUCCUGUGUCCAUUGGAGGGAACUGUGGCCACAGCGGAAGAGUUCAACCCUGCCUAUCUUUCUCUGCAUGCCCGCAAACCUGUCAAUAUGUUCAAAGCGCUCCAGGCUGGUUAUAACAGCGGUCUUCUGACGGAGCAAACUAUGACGAUCGAGAUUGGUCCUCACCCGGCCAUCUCUGGCAUGGUUAAGGCUGUUCUAGGAUCACAGAUGAUCACUCUUGCCUCUGCGCAGCGUGCCCACUCGGUUUCGCAGGUCCUCACAACCGCACUGAAGACUCUUUAUAAUGGAGGUGCCGAUAUCAAUUGGGCAGAGUACCAGCGUGACUUUAAGUGCUUCCACAAUGUUCUUCGUAUGCCCGCAUACAGCUGGGAUCUGAAGGAAUUCUGGAUUCAGUAUGUGAAUGACUGGUCACUGCGUAAGGGUGAUCCACCUUUGACAGUUACCGCUGGUCCAGGCCUAGAAAGCACAACCAUCCACCGCAUUGUGGAGGAGUCUGGCAAUUCGAUCAAGACUAAGAUAGUCGUUGAAGCCGAUAUCGCACGCAAGGAUCUCAGUCCCCUGGUUCAGGGCCACGAAGUUGAUGGAAUUCCUCUCUGCACUCCAUCGGUCUAUGCGGAUAUUGCCCUGACCCUGGGUACCUAUCUUAUCAAGCGUUACCACCCUACUCAGGAGGACAAUCUGGUCGAUUUGUCGGAUAUGACUAUCUCGAAGGCUCUGAUCCUGAAGGAUGGUGCAACAGAGCAGCUUCUCCAGGCCCAUGGUGAGGUGGAUUGGGCUUCUAAGUCCGCAUUGGUCAAAUUCAUGUCAUUUGACAGUAAGGGUAAGCUUCAGGAGCACGCCCGUUGCAUGAUUCGAUUCAAGGACCGCAGUCUUCAGAAGUCUCUCCAGAAUGCUGCCGGCGAAGUUAAAGCCAAGAUGCAAGCUUUGCGCGAUGGUAUUGCUCGUGAGACAGUUGCCCGUUUCAACCGUCCUAUGGUUUAUCGCGCUAUCCGUCCUCUUGCUCGCUUCCACGAUGACUACCGAGCUAUUGAUGAGGUCUUGCUCAACAGCAAAACCUUGGAGGCUUCUUCGCGUCUCAGCUAUGGCACUGUCAAGAGGGGUGGUCAAUACCACACUCAUCCUGCUAUGAUUGACUCCCUCACGCAGUCCUGCGGUUUCACCAUGAACUGCAAUGACCGCACAGACCUCGAUAACGAGGUUUACAUGAACCAUGGCUGGGGCUCAUUCCAGAUCUUUGAACCCCUAGACUUCGACAAGUUGUAUACUACCUACACCCACAUGAAGGAAGGUGAUGAUAAGUUGUGGCACGGUGAUGUUGUCGUCUUUGACGGUGACAAAGUUGUUGCUUUCUUUGGAAAAAUCUCGAUCCAAGGCGUUCCUCGCCGGGUGCUGAAGGUUAUUCUGUCUCUUGAGAGCGGCGCAAAGUCACAGAAGCAACAGCCAGCCAAGGCAAAAUCAGCUUCUAUUACUGCUUUAGCUCCCAUUGCAGCUAGCACCCCUGCACCCCAGGCUUCUCAGUUCUUAGAUGCCUUGGCAAUCAUUGCGGAUGAGAGUGGGCUCACUAUUGAUGACUUGACCGAUGGUACUGUUUUCGGUGAUGUUGGUAUUGAUUCCCUUCUGGGACUCACUAUCUCAGCUCGCUUCAAGGAGGAGCUUGAUCUUGACCUUGACUUCAAUGCCUUUUUCUUCGAGUAUCCCACCGUCGGUGAUCUUAAGAGACUGUUGGGCGGAUUCAGCUCCGGUCCCACAAUUCAUCGCUCCCCAUCCUCAUCUGGGUCUAGCGAUGACGGUAUGGACACACCCGAUAGCAUUGGAACAGGCGCCACCACGCCUGUUCUAUGCGAUAACAAGGUUGAUAUGAAGCGUGCGCUGGAGAUUAUCUCCGAAGAAAGUGGUAUUUCCAUGAAUGACCUUACCGAGGAUACUAACUUCGCAGACUCUGGUGUGGACUCUCUUUUGUCUCUCGUUAUUGUGAGUCGGUUCCGCGAGGAGCUGGAUUUGGAUAUCCAACACGAAUCCCUCUUCCUCGAAUGCCCUACUGUGGCCGAUCUGAGACAGUUGUUGGUGGGCGAGCCGGCCAUCAAUGAGCCCGUGCAGCAGCUGUCAGUAGCCCCUGUGGCUCCUAUUCAGCAGACCGUUGAACCCAUCGCCAAAACCGAGUAUCCUGCGCUUGACCCAAUUUCCCUGGCUGUUCGCAGAAAAGCAGUUUCUGAGUAUGUGGACAAGUAUACUGCUGGUUUUUCUGUCCCUAGCCCUUCGCCCUCAGCUAUCGCACCAUCAGCCAACGAGAAGGUUGUCCUGGUAACUGGAGCGUCCGGUAGCCUAGGAAGCAACCUCGUCUGCCAUCUGGUCCAGCUUCCAGAUGUGGCAAAGGUUGUCUGCCUCAACCGCGAGAACAAAGCUGAGCCCGAGAUUCGCCAGCAAAAGGCUAUGCGGGCAAAGGGUAUCCGAUUCCCAGAGACUCUUAAACACAAGCUCAUUGUGCUCCAAACCGACAGUGCUAAGCCAAUGUUUGGACUGACAAAGAGUCAGUACGACAACCUGUCUAGCUCUGUCACUCACUUAAUUCACCAAGCGUGGCCGAUGAGUGCCAAGCGUGUGCUUUCUGGGUUCGAGUCGCAGUUCCAAGUCAUGCGCAACCUGAUCGAUUUUGCAUGCGACAGCAGCUCUCAGCGCCCUGCGUCCUUCAAGUUCAGCUUCCAAAUGGUUUCCUCUGUUGGCGUUGUGGGUCACUACCGCCUUGGUGACGUACAGGAAAGAAUUAUGGUUCCAGAGGAGAGUGUCGACAUCGACAGUGUCCUGACCAACGGCUACGGAGAGGCCAAGUGGGGCUGUGAACAGAUGCUCGACCGCACUCUCCAGCAAUACCCCGAUCAAUUCCGCUCAAUGGUCGUCCGUUUAGCACAGAUUGCUGGAUCCAGUACCAGCGGCUACUGGAACCCCAUGGAGCAUUUCGGAUUCUUGAUCAAGUCGUCUCAGACUCUCAACGCCCUGCCCGACGUUCCUGGCACGGUUUUUUGGACCUCGGUGAAUGCCAUUGCCAGCACUUUGUCUGACCUUGUUUUGGCUGAGAACAAUCCCCAUCCGAUGUACCACAUUGAAAAUCCGGUUGGCCAGCCCUGGAAGGAGGUUAAUGCUGUCUUAGCUGAUGCUUUGGGCAUCAAGGACUUGAUUCCCUUUGAAGAAUGGGUUGCGCGUGUGAAGGCUGCACCUCAGCGCAACAACCCCGCUUCCACCCUGUUGGAGUUCUUGGACAGCAAUUACCUUCGCAUGUCUUGCGGUGGACUUGUUCUAGAUGUUAAGAACACACUUGAGCAUUCCAAGACUCUCGCCGCAGUAGGACCUGUGAGUGAUGAGGUUGUGAGAAAGUAUAUUCAUAUCUGGAAAGAGAUUGGCUUUUUGAGCUCGUGA